AUGGCCACCACCAACAGCAACAGUGGGCGGCCAUUGCAGCCAAAAUCUGUCUUGAGAGGGCACAAAGUCCAGGUCCAUGUGGCAACAUUCAUCAGGCGCAAUGCGCGCCUUGUCACGGGUGAUGCCGACGGCUUCGUCAUCGCCUGGGAUCUCACCAUCAUGAGGCCCCGAGCGAUCUGGCAUGCCCAUUCCAACGCUAUCCUUGGCAUUGCAGGAUGGGGUGAGGACAGGAUAAUCACACAUGGUAGAGACAACCGGUUGGUUGUCUGGAAACUUGGGGCACAGGAUGAGGCUUCACUGAGCACAGUCUUGCCUCUUGAACCGGCUCACCAGGAGCGGCCUCAACCAUGGAUCCUUCACAUUCUGGAGAUCAACACCAUGAACUUUUGCUCCUUCUCCUCAUGUCCUUCGUCAACCGAGCCAACCGACUUACUAAUCUCGGUCCCGAACACCCUUGCUUCGGAAGCCAUCGACAUCUACCAUCUUCCCUCCCAGAAGCGCAUCCACACAAUCAGGCCGCCCGGGGAUAAGAACGGCAUGGUCAUGGCCGUCUCUUUGUUCCACCGCCAACACGAGCUUGUCCUAGCGGCCGCCUACGAGAACGGCCUCGCGGUCGUGGCCCAGCUCAACAACCAGGGCAAGUGGGAGCUGACCUACCGGGCCCAGGUCCACACCCAACCGAUCCUCUCCCUGGACGUGACCCCAGACAAAACCUCCUUCUUCACGUCCGGAGCCGACGCCAUUCUCGCCCGACACCCGAUACCCCAGCUCCCCCAACAAGCCACCCCAAUCCCAACCCCUGCCACUAACCCGAGCCCCCCAACAACCGCACCCCCAGCGCCCCAGCCCGCAACCCCAGCGACGCCGCCGGUGCCGGACAUGCAGACCCAGCCCCUCAAGGUCGUCGACACGCGUCACGCCGGCCAGCAGGGCCUGCGCGUGCGGUCCGACGGGCGCGUCCUCGCCACCGCGGGCUGGGACUCGCGCGCCCGCGUCUACUCGGCGCGCUCCAUGAGGGAGGUCGCCGUGCUCGGCUGGCACCGCGUCGGGUGCUACGCCGCCGCUUUUUCCGACGUGAUCGUCGGCGGCGGCCCGGAGGAGGCCCCUCCGCCGCCGCCACGGUCGCAGUCGCGGUCGCUGAGUCGGGCGGCGGGGCAGGAGGAGGAGGAGGAGGAGGACGUCCCCCGGGAUGGUGGUGGUGGCGGGGGAGACGUCGCCGUCGUCGUCCCGAGGAUGGUCGAGGUUACUGCUAGAGAUAGACGCGUUCAGCAGGUUGGGACAGCGCAUUGGCUUGCUGUUGGGAGCAAGGAUGGGAAGGUUAGCCUGUGGGAUGUGUUUUGA